AUGCGGGACCGCUCUUGUGCCGCCCUCUUCGACCUCUUGUAUGAAAUUGUAUCUUGUUGCGAAGAAAGAUAUUUGGGCUCUCUCACGCCUAGCCUGCAACUCCACCAUCCGUCUUUGCAACCCUACCUCCCUGGUGUACCGAGCUGGAUUAUGUCGCUGGUGUCGGGCCCUGGAAGGGGUGGUGGGGGUUCCGGUAGCCGCGCCGAGUUCUGCACCGACAAGCAUGUCGCCUAUAUCAAAAGCUUAGACACUCGUAGAGAUGAACUCGAAUACUGGUACACCGAGCAUCUUCGCAUGAAUGGUGUCUACUGGGGCCUGCACGCUCUGCAUUUGAUGGAUCAUCCGGAAGCUCUCCCUAGACAGGAAACCGUUGACUUCAUCCUCUCAUGCCAAGCAGCCAACGGGGGCUUUGGAGCUGCCCCAGGUCAUGACGCUCACAUGCUGUAUACCGUUUCUGCUGUGCAGGUUCUCGUCAUCAUUGACGCCGUAGACGAACUAGACAAAUCAGGUCGAGAUGGAAAGCAGAAAGUCGUAUCAUUUAUCGCUUCCUUACAAGACCAGCAGUCUGGUGUCUUCAAAGGGGAUGAAUGGGGAGAGACUGACACCCGUUUUUCGUAUGGCGCCUUGCUCGCACUGUCCUUGCUUGGAAAACUCGACGAGAUUGAUCUCGACAAGGUAGUUUCCUAUAUCCACCAGUGUGAAAACUUGGAUGGAGGAUAUGGUGUUUGCCCGGGCGCCGAGUCACACUCCGGCCAGAUCCUGACUUGUGUCGCUGCUUUGGCCAUUGCCGACCGGCUUGAUCUGAUUGAUACUGAUCGUCUCGGGACGUGGCUGAGCGAACGCCAGCUUGAGAGCGGCGGUUUAAAUGGUCGACCUGAAAAACUAGAGGACGUGUGCUAUAGUUGGUGGGUGGCUGCUAGCUUGGAUAUAAUAGGACGCUUGCACUGGAUCGACAAGCAGAAACUCGAGGACUUCAUCCUGCGUUGUCAGGACACAGAGGAAGGAGGAAUUGCUGACCAGCCUGGAAACAUGGUCGAUGUUUUCCAUACUCACUUUGGAACGGCUGGCCUGAGCCUGCUGCAUUACCCUGGCCUCAAGGAAAUUGACCCUGUAUACAUCUGCAACAAGAAACCUCGCUUUAGCGACCUGUCUCACCUUCUCACCCACAUUGCCUCCAAGGCUCAUCUGGCCAACUACUUCAAACUCCAAGUCAAGAGCCGGCAUGACGCCGAAGCAUAUCAGACAUUGACCGACUACGAUCGCUGGUACCAAAACUACGGCCUUGCCAAGCUGCUAUCGGACCGUAUGGCUAUGGGUUCAAACACAACUCGGAAACGGCGAUCCUCCAGGCUAGUCGAAGCUCCUGGCAGUAUAAAACUCGAACCAGUCGACCAUGAAGCACCGCUUCCGUCGCUAGAAUGGGCUGGUACAGCCGAAGACCGGAAGCCCCAAUGGCCAUUCUUCGAAGAUAACAUCGACCCUCGUCUUUCGGGCCUGCGGCCUCCAGUUUCUGAAGAGAACGAAGGUGGCCGGACCUACACGGUUGCGUCUACUCUCUCUGAAUCGUCAGAACAUCCUUUCAUUAAAACGGAGCCGGAUUCUCUGAACAGCUGGAAGUAUAUCCAUGAGGACAACCCAAAUGAAACCCGUUCCUCUAAGCGUUUUCCGAUGGAAGGAAAAAGCCAUCGUGCAUCUCUGUCGACGGUUCCUACUGUGCCAAACCCGCUAACACUUACCCCUUCACGCCGUGCUUCGAAGUCUACAGUAAUAGAGCCGAAAAUAGACGAAAUGACGAGACUGAAAGGCAUCCAAUGGCCGGGAAUGGAUCUUUUUGAUGCAGCUACAGAACCGAUGAAACGCCAGAGGAACCAAAAGAAGGACGCAAGCACCUUCAAGGCGAUGGAAGAAGCCUCAACGGCUACUGAACCGAAUGAGAUGGUUUUCUCCCCUUCCGGUACCCUUCGAAGGGAACGGGAAAUCACUGGCUAUGUGGAAGAGGACGACCCUCUGCCUGGAGAGUGGCGUAUACCCAAACCUCGCCGGGAUCGCCGGGACACGCGUGAUCGUCGUGACCGCCGGGCUAAUGAGAAACAGUCAGACACAAACAACUGUCCAGGUCGACAGGACAAACGCGUUGCACUGGCAAACUCGGAUCCCAAUCGAGCCGUCCUAGGUAGUCGGGUCACGAAGAAAGGACAACGGCUCAAGCGACAGGUGCCCCGGGAACGGGAAACCAGUGAACCUGCUACUACCAGCGUUGCUUUGAGUAAACAAAAUCUCAAUCACGCUCACGGCCAUACCCAAUUGACGACAGAGGAAAAUGAUGAUAUGCAGCUUUCAAUGGAUGCAGUCGGUCAAAACCGGACAUCUCGUCUGCAAGUAUUCAAAGACGAUAGCCCGCCUAUAACAGUACCCGAGAGCAACCACUUUAUCUCCAGCCUCAUCGACGAUGCAAUUUCACAUAGCGAAUCAUUUGAGAUGCCAUAUUUGACGCAGGCCAGCGAUGUGAUCAGUGGCCUACUAGCGACAAGCGAUCAUGAGCAUUUCCCCACGUCUUUCCAGAACUCCAGCCUACAACCAACCCACAGCUACUCCCAUGACUAUGAGACUUUUACUGGAGCUGCUUCACGAAGUAUUGAAGGAAUGUACCUGGUAGAUUCCUCUGGCGGACCAACUAGUCGAGGACCGCACGACCCGAUCAUAGGGGGAAAUGUGCUUCACUACCGAUGGGAUUGGCAUGGAUCAGAGCUAGAGCGAGAUGAUUCCACUGGUGAUAACCAUGUCUUCGGUGGCGGACUGAACUACAACCGCCCGGCGUCCUCUGGCAGCACGAUCUAUGAAGAUGAGGUUGAAAACAAGAGCCGUCUCUGGCUUGACGGUUGCUGCACCUGA